CCAUCCAAGUCUCCAAUGUUCUAGUACCCGUUUGGCCGUAGAGGUGUAACUGGCUCCUCUGCCAAUCUAAUGGAACAACGUUCCUUCCAGCCAGUGUCAGCGGUCGUAUUAAAUAAAUCAAACAUUCGUCACAAACGAGACAACUGCCGUAAACAACAAAUCCUGCUCCUGCUAUUAUGUUGCUUAAACGGAUCAUUGAAGGAAAGUCCAUGUUGAAUGACUCCAAAAAGUCACCGGAGAAAUGUUCUAGACGGAAGUCUGAAUGCGAUGGAUGUGGCGAACACUCCACCAUUCUCGAGGAAAUGACGAAGUUGGUAUUGCUUGGCGUGGUGCUGUGGGCGGGAGUGACGUUUGGAGCACACGUGGCCCCGUACCCACUCAACUUGUUUAUUACUAGUGACAUAAUCCACCCCCCACCUAUGUACGACUUUCCGUUCCCAAGCAAGGAGAUGCUGAAAAGAUUGCCACCGGUGACUACGGCUCACACGAACAGAUCGAUUGAAAUAAGCAAGUUAACCGUUAAAAUGCUUGAGAGGUUCGAAAAUAACCUGCAAAGUGCUGGUAUCAUGCCCAAAUCGGGUUCGGCGGCGAAGGGACUGGCCAUACUCGGCAACCCUUCCAGUGAUGCCAUGCAUUAUGAGGAGUCCUCCAUGAUUAUAACAAAGGCCUCCCAGAAUUUAGUCCAUACGAGAUGCGGAAGAUACGGACUAGCAAACGACGAAUGUGCGAGUUUCAUCAGCACAUUGAACUUGAAGGAGAGUGAAUAUGGCGGGGAAUGCGCCGCAUUGGAAAGAUUCACAUGCCGGACCAAUAAGAUGUCAUCUAGAUAUAGGACCUUUGAUGGUUCCUGCAAUAAUCCAGUGAGGUCAUCGUGGGGACAAGCGCUGACGGGUUACAAGAGGUUACUGCAUCCGAGAUACGCCGAUGGCAUUGAAGAGCCUCGUCGUGCCAUGAGCCACAAGGCUUUGCCGUCAGCUCGUGUAGUCAGCACCAAGCUAACGAACAACUUAGACCGACCUGACGACUCGAAGACCAUAGCCUUGGCUGUUUGGAGCCAAUUUGUUUACCACGACUUGGCCCACACUCCCGUGCGAAAGACGAUCCACACCGAUGAGGCUAUCCGUUGCUGUGAAGACUCUGGCCUAUCUCUGACUCCUCGAUACAUCCACCCUAGCUGCCUACCUAUCUCAGUGCCCAACGACGAUCCGUUCUUCAAAGAUAAAUAUGUCACCUGCAUGGACUACACGCGAUCUGUCACCACGUUUAGAGGAGAUUGCACUUUUGGAGCUUCGGAACAGAUGAAUCAAGCCACUCAUUUCUUGGACGGCUCUCACAUCUACGGUUCAAACGGCCGUGACGCAGCAGCUUUACGAGAAAAGACGGGAGGCCUUUUGAAGACUUCAAAUAUUGAUGAUGAAGAUCUUCUGCCUUUAGCUAACAAUCCAACGGAAAAAUGCCUUGUUGACUCCAGUUCUGGUACUUGUUUCAAUGCUGGUGAUGUCCGUGCUAACAUCCACCCUUGGAUGCUCGGCAUGCAAACCCUCUGGGUGAGGGAGCACAACCGCAUAGCCCGGGCCCUCGCGACCCUCAACCCUGGGUGGAACUCCGACAAACUGUACCACGAGGCCAGGAGGGUCGUGGUCGCUGAGAUGCAGCAUAUCACAUACAAACAAUGGUUGCCUGCUCUUACUGGUAAAAGCUUCGACGAACUCCACGAAGGUUAUGACACCGGUUACAAUCCAGAAGUAGACCCCACCAUCACCAACUCCUUCGCCACAGCCGUGUUCCACUUCGUCAACAGCCUUCUCGACCAAGACGUGCAGAUGUUCGACGAAAACAAUAACAUUACGACAUCACGUCUUAUGGACAGUUUCUUCAAGCCGCAACUGCUGGCAAAGCAUGGUGCCUUGAAGCAAAUCCUGAAGGGAAUGAUCAGUCAGAAGAGCCAGGGGCUUGACUUCAAUUAUGAUGAUGAUCUUCACAACCAUUGGCUGGGCGGUCUAGACGUGUUAGCAGUAGACAUACAACGUGGUCGCGACCACGGCUUGCCCGGGUAUACGCAGUACCGGGUCAUGUGUGGUCUGACCGCCGCUACCACCUUCCAGCACCUUGAUGACGUCAUUCCUCAAGAGGUCAUAGACCGGUUGUCAGGAGUGUACGAGCACCCUAACGACAUCGACUUGGUUGUCGGCAUGAUGGCGGAGACUCCAUUGCCUUCAUCUCUUGUGGGACCGACCGCCACCUGCUUCCUUAAGGAGCAACUCUGGCGCACGCGAGCUGGCGAUCGUUAUUUCUAUACGCACAUGAACGAAGCGGGCAGUUUCUCUAAACGACAGCUAUCUGAGCUGAAGAGGGCUUCCUUGUCUAGGCUGCUCUGUGACAAUGUAGCCUUUACUGAGGUGCAACGGGAUGUCUUCCAGCCGCCUUCUGAAAGCAACCCCGUGGUAUCUUGCGAGGAAAUCAAGAAAGUAAACUUAGAGGCAUGGCAGGAGUCCUCGUCCCAACCUGACAUCCUUACGCGCACUAACAAAUGGAUCAAAAAUAAAGUCGGCACAGGAAACUCUACUAAAUAGCCUGCGCAAUAUUAUUUAGGGCUUCGCAAUUUUUAUUCGAAAAAUUAUAUUGUUUUGAACAAAAAAGCAAUGGACGCGAGGCUUCAAAGCUUGCGGCUUAGGGUGCAUCUGGGUGCACACUAACAAGAGCGAGAAAAAUAACAACUAAAUGAACCCGUUAUUAAACCCUGGGCUCCAAAGUAUAUCGGUCGAGGGUGCAACUGGGGGAACACACAAAGAAAAGACAGAAAAAAGCAACCUUCUUUUACUGAAUAGAAAAUAAAAAAUUUAAACUAAGACCUUCUCAAAUGGGGAUUGACCAUUGUCUUUAAUUGAAAAUAUCGAAAACAAAAUGAUUUUUCGAGUAGAAAUCGCAACAUGCUUUAGAUUAGUAUCCAAUCAUUGGUUGGUGGUCACGGUGCAAGUUGUGAUGCCGUCAGUGAAAUUUAAGACUGAUUUUACCAUAACACGGUUGGCAUUUUGUUAUCAAUAUUAUUUUCUUCUUUCAAUACACAGUUUUCUUUUAUAUUGGUUUUCUUUCAAUAUCCCAGUAUAGUAUUGUACGACCUGUUUUGUAGUUAAUUUUUUUUAUAAAUUUUUGGUCGAUUUAAAUAGUUGAAAAUAAAAACAACUUGUACCGUGGUAUUUAGUACUUAGUUGAGUGAUUCAGUAUUGAUGGUCUGUAGUGUAUUAGCUGAAUAGUUCCUGUGAACAUAACGAAGUAACUGUUUACAAAGCUUGUUCGUACAACCGCGGCCUCUUAGAAUUCAGAAAGACUCAUCUAUUAUGGAUGAAAUGUAUUUAGACAAAAAGUAAUAAGUAUUGUUGGUGGACGAGUGGUUAUAAAGUGUCUGUAGGUAAGUAAGGCGGGUAUCUAUUCCACUGCGGUCUAACCAGUCUUUUCCGAGUUAGUUUUUUGCAUCAGUUUAAUAGCUUACCGAUGCUCCUACGGCGAAGGGAAAUAUCGUGAGGUGAACGGCACAUUCAGACAGCUGAAUGUGUAACCCUGUUAACAGGGUUUCCGUUGGUCAAAUGGAGUCACUCCGUGUAACCUUAAAGUUCCUUGGUCGUAUGUGUAUCCCGACCUCUUCCCUAGGGAGGGUGAGGGCCAAGGCUAGGAGGAUGGAGUCAUAUAGUCGUAAGGUUGUACUAUACAGUACAAUGGCUGUGAUAAAGACAACGUGGGUAAAACCACGGAUCACUAUUCAUAUAGGUAGCAUUUGUGUAGUCCUCGUGAUCCAUAUGUUAAAAGAUCAGGGGACUCUAGCAAUCAUAUGAUGUUAUUUCAUUUAAAAAUGUUAUUAGCGAAAUCUGAGAUUCAAGGGGAUUUGUACCUACAUGAUGAUUUAAUUUGGUAUCCUGAUUUGGAUAACAGCUAGUAUAUCAAAUGUAUUCCCAAAUAGCCAGUUCUAAUUCAGUCAGAACCAGUUGCUUUAAUUUAUUUUGUUAGGUUAGUGAGAUUUGGAAAAAGUUAACGACCAAAAUUUUAAGUUUAAAAUAAGUUAUUUUAAGACAGACAUUUUUUUCGUCAAAUUAUUUUUAUUAUAAAAAUCAUGGCGAAACGGUAGAAAUAUAUGUUUUUGAUUUAAUUAUUAUCUCGUCUCAUUUAAGUAAGCAAUCUCAAUAUCAUCCUUAACAUUGUAUUUAUAAAAAAGUUCUUGCCUAUAUACAAUAAUUAAAUACAUGAGGUACAUUUUAGCAUGCCCUACGGUCAGUAGCUAACUUUUAGUGUUACAUUGUUCAGGAAUAUAGAAAAAGUUAAGAAAAAGAAUAAUUAACGUUGAUAAAUAAUCUCACUUAAGUACAUAGUAUUUAUUACCAAUUGAUUUAAAAAUAUAUUUCCUUCUCAGAGCUAAUUUUUAAAUACUGAGUUGAAUAAUGCGUCACGGCUAUUAGUGAAUAAUUAUGCAAGUAAGUUUAUCAAAACUGCAAAUUUAUCAUGACAUGAAUUUUGUAAAAUGUAAAACAUUUUGAACAUCUCACCAAUACGUCACCAAAAUAAAGACCAAUCAAGAAUUCAAUAAGGGGCUUGCAUUGUACCUAUUAAUGUAACAAGUUUUAUAAAUUAUAAAAUUUUGUAUUUUUGGGUGACAUAUUGGUGUUUCUUUAUAUUAUUAUUAAUUAAAUUAAAUUUUUUGCUUUGUCUGUCACAUAUUUUUAUAAAAUCGAUUUUUUCUGUCGGAAUGUAUCAGAAACAUUAUUAAAUUUGUGUCCCGAUUAUGUAAUUAAUUGUUAAUUUUAUACGAUUUUAAAUAAAAUAUAUUAUCAUCUUUAA